GUGUUGCAAAAGUUGCAGGUUCAGCGCGAGGAAGUCCUGCAGGAGCUCUGGCGUAGAACUGAACCGGGCUCGCUCUGCAGUGUGCAUCCGCGUUUGCUGCCGAAGGAUUAUAGCAGGGUAGUAGUUCCGUCGCGAGCCAGUAGAUAGGAGCGUUUUAGCUUGCUUAGUGGAAGAGUGUGGUGAUAUGACAACAACCAAGCGCGUGAAGUGCUUCAAGCAUCUCGUCUACAGCUAUGUAGUCCUGCUAACGGUAACUGGUGCAGCACAAAUCAUCCUUGGAGCGGCUCUUCUCUGGGGUCACGUCGGAUACUAUGCAAUCGUUCAAAAUAAGUUUUGGGCUCCGUCGCUGAUAAUACUCAUACUUGGACCCGUUUCGUUCAUGUUAUGUUGGCUGGGAUGCCAAGCAACGAAUCAAAAGAAUCGAUGCCUUCUUGGGGUGUUCAGUGGUGUUCUAGUAUUUGCCAUUUGUGUUCAAUUUGUCAUCUGCGGAUGGUCACUAGCCAUGAGAGAAACGCUGCCAUCAUCUGUUGAAAUUUACGUUGAUGAAUCUUUUGCAACAUUUCUGGAGAAAAGAUAUAAAGCAGACAAUCUGCAUAUUUGGAAUCGUAUGCAAUCACAAUUGCAAUGUUGUGGAGUGGAUGGACCCUUAGAUUAUCGAAGACUGGCGAUCCCUUGGUCCUGCUGCUCUCGCCCUGAGGACCCAUUUGAAUCGGUUUGCAAGAGCCAUUAUCAACGAGGCUGCCUGGCUGUAUUAACAGCCCAAUUGAAAAAUCGUCUGUUGUAUGCAUGUGCAGCGGCUUUUGCUAUCGCUAUCAUCCAGAUCAUCGGCGUGGUCUGUGCCCUGCAACUUGGCUAUAUUCUAUCGAAGGAUGAUGCCCGUGACGACAUCAGCGCAGUGGCAAGACGCCAAAAGGAUGCCCUACAGCUGUCCAUUUAUGAAAAGAGCCGUCGAGAUCUUCCGCCCCCUAUGGGACCUGUCUCGCCAACCGCGCCAGGACAUCGAUUGCUCAAGACUGCCCCACCGCCACCACCGUCAAUGAUGCCAAAAUGACAAACAAUUAGUUUUUAAAUUGACCAAAAAUCAGUUUUUUUGAAAUGAUUCAUACAAAUUUUAUUUUUCAUGCAUUUGACUCUUGGGACAAAAGAAAAGCGAGAAAAAAUGAUUGAGAACAAAUGCAAAAGGAGCGGAAAAGUAUUCUGUCCCCUCCGUUUAUAUAUAUUUCACUUUCUUGGCAAAUUUUAUUGAAUCCGUUAGUGGCGUUAGAUAAACGAUUUUAAAAGAUGAAAGAAAGAACAACAACCCUCCUUACAAUAGAUAUAACUACGCCAUUAGGUUAUUAAUGGCGUCUUUAAACCUAAGCCGUUUACUCUCAACUGUUUUAGAGAAAAUAUUCAACCGAAAAGGACGAGAACAACUACAUACAUUUCUUGAAUGUUACGAAUUCCAUAUCUACAUACAUAAGUACAUUAGCUAAUUAUAAUAAUUGAUUCUGAACAAUGAACAUUUGAAACGAAAGAAAGGUGGAGAGAGUCUGCGAGUAGUUUCCAUUUUAAAGUAACAAUGAUUCGCCUCUAGUUGGUUACGGAUGGCUUAACUAAGUGCAAGGUUUUCCUCAUGUUUUCCAUUACAACUCAUAGCGUAGUGUCGUCUCUGCUUUCUAUCAUUUCUAAACUGUUUUCCUUCUAAUCCUGCAUUUCAAAUGGAUCAGGAUCAAGUUUCGAACCGACCAAUGACGACACCAGACAGUCUUAGGAACCACCAGCGUAUGUAGGAAUCAGCAAAGAAGGCAUAAAGGCCGAAAUCCUGGUAUCUGAUACCUAUUUUACCAUAUUUUUAUUUUGAUCCUGAUCCGUAAGGAAAGCACUGCGCCCAUAGUAAUUUCAAACCCAACCGUAGAGCAUCAGAAUUGGUUCGGCAUUGCAAAGCUUUGAAAAACCCGACGAUAGUGCCAUGAAGUGGCAGAUAUCGGAAUUAAAUGUAAAUCCUAGAGGCUCCGCAGGACCCAUCAGACACGAGCAAACCAAAAUUGGUGGCUGUCUGACCAUGCAGUUUCGAAUCCGCUUCUGUAUUGCACAUUGCAAUGGCGUAUUACCCUUGAAAACUCGUAGAUGCAUUUCUAGAAUUUUAGCCGAUAUCUAACCAAAUUUUAACCCCUAGAAGUAAUCUCACCCCCGUAGGGAACUAUUUGUUCGCGUCUGAUGCAUCAGGAGCCUCUUAACUGUGUCUUACUGUGAUAUCAGGGACUAAGUAAUGAUCAGAAAAAAACUGUGUAACUGCGUAGAAUGGAUGUUACUCCAAAAAUGUCUGGAAAUGUUUUCUCAAUGAGAGUGUUUUUUAGGAAGAGGCAGUAAUUGCGAAAUAAACCAGUUUUCUGUUGGAUAACUAGUUAAUCUUGUACGUAAGGUUUCAGGAUACUCUGAGUUUGGGGGCAAUUCAGGCGGGGAACUGUGAACGUAGCUACUUCCUGUCCAACCAUUAUCGUUUCUCCUUGACGAUUCUCUACAUAAAAAUGUGUUCCCUUUGUAGAUGUUGUAGAUAGUCUUCUAUUAAUCAAUGUUACUGCUGGCAUAUGCAUAUACGUAGAGUACUUUUAUUCUAAUAUUUAGAGAGGGACGUUAAGCAACCGUACCCGAGUAAAAUGCAAAAGAAAAGAGAGUUAAGCCGCUUCUUCGAUAGAGUGCACUCAACAUAUAACGAAAACCAGUCUAGGAUCUUCCAUAGUUUCUCUGUUGCGAAAUGAACUCGUUUUUUGUAACAAGUACGAAUAAAUUUACCUCUGUAUUGAAUCUGGCCAAAUAUCACUGAAAGUUUCUCAAAAAGGGCGGACCCCUGACUAGGAUCACUUUAUAUCCGGGGCCACCCUUUAUAUAGGUUUACCUCUGUCACUAUUUUCAUAUUUCUUGGACAGUAAUUCAACCCAAGGUUAAAGAAUGCCAGUUAGACUUUGAAAAACGAAUGUAGAAAAAUAUUUACGGAGGCAUUAUCUAAAUUUCUGGAAGUGGAAUAUGUAAUAACAUUUCCUUUUUUAAUCGCCUUAAAAUUUGUUCAUUCCAAUUUAAAACCAGAUUUUUCCUGUUAACUUCUAUCUUCCAUCUUUACUUUUAAUGUCAGCUGGAGCAAUGGCGUCCACUUAUUUUGUUGUAAAUAAUAUACGAUAAUAUCACGCACGCAUGGGCGAUGAAGAAGGACUGCUUGGAAUAGAAUGUGAUUAUACGAAAUGCCUAAAUAAAAAAUGAAAAUGAUUGAGAAAUAUACGGAUUUAUUGUGCAAUUCAAAAAGAAUAUAUAGUACCAUUUAAUUUUUUAAUGUUAGUAUUAACAAAAAUAAAAAUCAAAAACUAGAA